GAAAAACAAGUGCAGAUAGAGAAUCAUAUCAGACCGGUUGGAAAUAAUUUCAACUCACAAUGGUCCAAGGAGUCUGUGUGGGGUUUUUUGAUGUAACACUGGUCUUCCUCCUGCUGUGCUCCGUCACAAGCUUGCUGCUGAUGGAUCACCACAGAGAUGCAGAGGAUGACCAGGAGCUCAACAAAGCCAUUUUGGAAAUGCUACAUAUCAACAAAGUGUCUGCGAGCCAUCAGGCUAAGCCACACCCCUACAUGAGGAGGAUCUAUCAGCGGCUGGACUCACUGGAGGCUCAAGACUUUGGGGGUUCAGAUGGAACGCUGGUGCAGAGUUUUCGGAGCGUUGUUGGUCCACUUCACGCUCCUCCAGGAUGGAUCUGGUUCAAUGUCAGCAGCCUGAACCCCUCCAUGCUGGGUGCAGAGCUGGUGCUGUUCAGGAAAACCCUCCACCCCCGUCCCAUCAGCGUGACUGUCACCCUGCACAGUGUCACAGCUUCACAGGGCGCGCUGAAGGAAAGUCCUGCUCUCGAGGACAGGCUGCUGAUCCUGGAUCAGCGACCCUCAUCGGGAUAUGAUGUGUUUGAUGUGUCAGCUGUUCUGGCCCUGAAGCCUCUGGAGGUGGUGGGCUUUCAGCUGCGUUACACAGAUGAGAGUGGGAGUCUGGUCCUUCAUGAAGCCCUGACACAGAGUCUUUACUGUCUGAACAGAGGCUCUCUGAGUGAACCCUUACUGGUGCUUUACCAAGCACACCCCGUCCACAUCUAACGCCGUCACUGGGGCCGCUGUCAGUGUCGGACAACUACAUGUCUUUUUUACAAAGAUGAAUAAGUCUGUGUUAAUGCACCUCUGAUAUGGUGGAUAUUAUGCAGUAUGUUUCAGCACAAAAUUGGCAAGGCGGGGUUAAAGUGAAAUCCACAGAGAUAACCUUCUCGAGUUUUUGAUAUUUUUACUUUCGGUAAAUAUAGGAACUGAUAAAGGGCUUUUGUCAUUACCGUGCAGUCUAAGCACGUGUGCAUUUCCCUCAGAAAAUGUAGCCUUAGUAUCAGUAGCACUAUCAGUGAUGCACUAUUAUUAUUCUGAUUAUUAUUUAGAAAAUUGAGCCCGAACUUCACCAUAUUUAUUUUGAAAGUUUCCACUGGAAGUGUUAGUGCUGGACUCGACAUGGGUGGAGAUCAUCAUUCAUGAUCCUGAGAGCACACUGCACUCAACACAACAUCAAGCUGAUGUAACGGCAGUGUUACCAUCGGCUGAUACAGCUAGCUGUUACUGAUAUCAAUAUCCAUCAGUCAGUAUCAGUGUCUUUAUUAGAAAUGACACCAGUGACAUCAGCAUUGGCAACAGCUGUAUUAAUAUGAAGUUGUAUUAAUAAGAAUAUUCAGAUCUGGAGACUAAUGUAGCCUGGUAAGAGAUUAUCAUCAAGGCAUUCUUAUACUUCCUGUGAAAACUUUCAGAGUAAAAGCUGGGGACCAAACUGAUGCAAUUUGAAAUUAGCAAAUGAACAAACAAGCAGAAAUUAGAAGUGUUCAUUUCCCAAUAAGGGCCACAUAGAUUAAAUAAAACCCAACACUCUUCAAUGGCUUUAUAUGUGUUUAAAGGGUCAGUUCACCCAUAUUACAAAACAUAUAUUUUCUCAUUCACCACCUAGUGGGGUCCAGCCGUGCAGAUAGCUUUGGUUUUAGUUGUCAGGGUUUUGAGAUAUCUGUCUCUCUGAGAUUUCUGUUAGUAAUUAAUGUUAAUAAAAUAUACACUUAGUUAUCAAACAAUAAUAUAUAUAUAUUAUGUAUAUGUAUAUAUAUGUAUCAUGUUAUUUUAAUACAGCAGCCCUGCAAUAAAUACCUUUGUGUGUCUGUUUCGUUCACCUCCAUGUACAUGUGGGUGAACAGAAUGGCAAAUGGUAAAACUUUGAAGUUGUUAAACUGCUGGGGUCAAUGAAUUGUUUGGACUUACCUGCAGGGUCAUUUAGGGUAACCAGUUCACCUGACCCACACAGAAAGGUCCCAGGCACGGCAGAUUCAAAUGCUGGGCCUCCCUGAUGUGAGUGAUGUGAUUAAAAUAAAAUGAAAGUCAUUUUCCACUAGAAGUACAUACUUCUACAUACACCAGACAAUAAUGUCAGGGAAUCAAAUUUACAGAAAAUAUAAGCAACAUGAGCAAUUAAAUGAAUGUUUUGUUUUUAAAAUACAGAGUUUGGUGGCUUGUCAAAAAUUCCUUUGGUGGGGGGGAUUCUGCUCAGGGAAUUUGCAUUUAUGACCUCAGUAUUUCUAAAAUCCUGGCUCGAUGAUGAUGAUGAUGAUGAUGAUGAUGUGGCUACCUGGUCAUAUCCUCAUUAACGUUUUUGGAAAUGGAAAUUCUACAGUUAGAUACUCAUUACACAUGCUAGGUUUUUUAAAUGUAACUGUUUUUUUGGCACCACAUCAUAAUUUCUGGAGCUGGAAAUGAACAGAAAAUAUAACUGAACAGUAAAGUUACAUGGCCU